AUGCAACACCUCCGUGAUUCUCUGCUGAGCUCUCUGCCUAGAGGUGCUCCUAUUAUCAUAACGAACGACUAUGCUCGUAGAGACCAGGAAAGUACCCGCCAGUCUAUCGCUCGGGGUGAUUUCAAAGAAAUUCGAGAUGUAGCCUUCUAUGACCGGACCUGGGUCGUUACCAGCCGAUACUGCGAUAUUGGUGAUGGUUUAGAUACUCUUGAAGGCCAUAUUCAUUCCCUGUGGUAUAUGUACUACGAGCUUGGCCGAAAUAUCUCCUCCGAAUCACCUGAACAUGAGGGUAUAGUCCUCGAUAUCGUCCGCAUUCAAGGAAUGGGGCCGUUGACUAGACCUUCACGAGGAACCUGUGGGAUUGAUAUCGCAAGAACCGUCGACGGGACACUUUGGAAUGAUCUCCCCUUUUUGGCUAGCGAUAUGACCGAGUUCUGGAUCAAUAACGGUGGUUCUAUGUCGGGAACACACCGUCUCAACUUUGCAACAUUCCUAGCCAAACUCGCAUCCACUCGUGUCGCUAAGGAUAGGCUGUGCCAAGUUGCACUUCUGAUCUUCCGUGAUCUUUUUGAAAGCUCUAAAACACUCCGGGGUGAGAGCGAGUCAGACGAGGAGGACCUCAACCGUGGUAUCUAUCAGCUUGAGGUCUUUCAACUAUUACCAGCUGCUGUUGCUUGGCUGAAAAAUGGAAACCACAACCUCCUCUUACUAUCAGACGUGUGUUGGAACGAAUGCCCCAGCGACAUCAGCAAGGGUGGCGAGAAGUUCCUUGAAUCGGAGCUCGGACAGCGAUCACCUGCUGGAUUUUCGCCAUGGAGAUACAUGUUCUGGCUGAAGCGACUCCACGAGAUUCAGGAAGAAGCCAAGGAGGCCAAUGAGAAAGCCCUGGAAGAGCUUGCCACUGAUGGAAUCCAGUACAUGGUCAUCAUAAUCAAACAAAGGGAUUCAGAGGUCCUCAGGGCUUACAAGAAUGGUGGCGAUGCCCUGCAUCAGGAUAAGCAUCUUUCGUGUCUGAAGGCUCUCGCACGUGUUGGGGAGCCAGAGUCAUAA